AUGUUUGCACAUCUCUGCAAGGAAUCGGAAGACAUAAAAAACUUCAAGGAAGAAGUGAAAGCUAGUAUAAAAAGUCGAGGAGAAACUAUUAAGAAGCUUGAGGCUCAAGUAGGACAUCUCUCACAACAGAUUCUUAAACCCACAAAUAGAUUCCCCAGUGACACUGAGAAAAUUCCAAGGGGGAAAAUGAAGAAGGUGAGAUGGGAAGAAUGUAAGGCAGUUACACUUGCAAUCGAAGAGAGCCUGGAGGAAGAGACCAACAAGCUGACAGAGCACAGCCAAGGAAGUCCCCAAGAAAUUCUUGAGGAAAAUGAACAAGGAAAUAGACUGAUACAAGAAAAAGAACAACAGAAAAAGGAAAUUCUGAAACCUUAUGUGCCAAAAGCACCAUUCCCUCAAAGAUUCAGAGGUGGUAAGAAAGAGAAGUCAUACUCAAGAUUUCUAGACAUGUUUGCAUCCCUCAGUGUCAACAUACCUUUCAUCAAAACUAUCCAAUAA